GUAAAUGUUUCCUCUUCCCCGCCAGCCUUUUGUAGAGUGUCUACAGGAAUUGGAGUUUAGCGGGUGCUGAGAUUUUAAAGAGAACCCUCGGCACCACCACCCCACGCACGUAUUACAGUUCUUAUUUUCUAUCAGAACUCCGCGUGCUUGCUUAUGACCACGUUUAACCGUUGUUAGACAUUUAGAUUCUGAAUCAUGUCCAUUUAAAGAUCGCAAUACUUAAUCUGUUAAUACUUGUGAGGGAGGGCCCGUCAGUUAUCCAGCCCCGUCCUUCGCAGGGUGGCAGGGGGAGACAGACAUACUUUUCUGGGUGAAUUUGGGCAAACCCCUCCUCCUCUCACCGUGUCACUUUCCCAGGACUUGGUGUUGAACUUUUAAAAUGGAACCUUAAAAACAGGAGGAAUGCCCCUGUGGAACCACUUUGCAGAGUAGAUUUUGGCGUUUGACAGACCCUGGGCAAUCUCUCUUGGCCUGGCCACCGGCCCCCAGGUCUUCGUGUUGUGGAGACAAGAUGGACAGAUUCCUGGUGAAGGGGGCUGUCCGGGGCCUUAAGAGAAGGAUGGAACAAGAGCAGACUGGAGGAGGUCCAGCAGGGUUGGCAGAAGAGGAAGGAAACAGUAAGGAAAAGCACAGGAGAGCAGCCCCGGGGAAUGGAGUUGACUUGGCAGGCCUCAGCUGGCGGCACAUUCGAGCUGAGGGCCUGGACUGCGAUUACACAGUCCUGUUUGGCAAAGCCGAAGCAGACCAGAUUUUCCAAGAGUUGGAGAAAGAAGUGGAAUAUUUUACAGGUGCGCUGGCCAGGGUCCAGGUGUUUGGGAAGUGGCACAGUGUCCCAAGGAAGCAAGCAACGUACGGCGACACUGGGCUGACCUACACCUUUUCAGGCCUCACUCUGUCUCCGAAGCCCUGGAUCCCCAUUCUAGAGCGUGUCCGGGAUCGUGUUUCUCUGGUGACUGGACAGACCUUCAACUUUGUGCUCGUCAACAGGUACAAAGACGGCCAGGACCACAUUGGUGAGCACAGGGAUGACGAGAGAGAACUGGCUCCCGGGAGCCCCAUCGCCUCUGUCUCCUUUGGGGCCUGCAGAGACUUCUUCUUCCGGCAUAAGGAUUCCCGGGGGAAGCACCCGUCCCGGAGGCUGGCAGUGGUCAGCCUCCAGCUGGCCCACGGCAGCCUACUCAUGAUGAACCACCCAACUAACACUCACUGGUACCACAGUCUCCCGGUCCGAAAGAAGGUUCUGGCUCCCCGGGUCAAUCUGACAUUUCGGAAAAUCCUGCCUACUACGAAGUGAAUAACGUUGUUAAUAGUGAGUGCUUCUGUCGGCUCCUUCGCUCUCCACUCCUAGAGGGAGCUGCUUUUUCUUUUACCAACAGGGAACAUAGAACGGGUUUCACCCAAGCGCAGAGCUUCUUACGGGUACAAUGCAGAACUCAGAGAAAAAGGACGUUUGUAUCAGACUGGUGAAUUAUGAAAGAAUACCAGCUGAUGUUUUUUUCCUAACAAAAUGAUUCCUUUAUUGCUAUAAUACAGCAGAUACAAAAGGUACCUCUAGCAAGUACAUAAAUCAGCAGUUUUUAUGGCAUAAACUAUGAGUUUGACUCGGGUCUCUGCAAAAAAAGAAGUGACUGUAAAUAACUGAAUGCUAGAAAUAAGAUUAUUUGGCCACUAAUGCCUAAUAAUUUACAGUUUGACGAAGCCGCCCUUAAGUCAGGGGUAGAGAAUAUGCCUGGAAAUCAUUCACAUUUAUAGCCGUAGCCAUGGCUCAGUCCCUGGCCUCUGACCAAAGGUCUACUUAAAGACAAAUGUUCAAAGGAGGCACUGUUCACACCCGGCACCUCUCUUUGAUGGCAGAUUUCAGAGUAUGUGGCGGCAGAAGGGCAGGUGCACAAAGCUACAGCUUGGGCAGGCAGGUGAAGGCCACACGACCUGGGCACAUGUUGCCCCAGACUCGGGUAUCACGGGGACGCUCCUUUCACCAUCAGAGCCGGGUCUGCGACGAAGUUGGGAAGGGACAUCUGCCGGGAGCAGAGCAGAAGCUUCACGCUGUUCCUUUCUCCCUGAUGCUCGCGGUCUGGAGCAACUUCACAGUCUGCUUCUGUCUGUAGCAAGACUUCCCAGUCCUCGGGACGCGCACACACCUGGCCCGGGGACCGUCCGGGCCUCCGAUAGGUUCACCUGACGGCAAGGUCUUGUCUGGGAGUGUCGCCAGCCCGCCCACCUGGGGAAACACGGUCCUCAGCCUGACCUCAGGUGACCUGGAUGCACCUGAUUCCAAAUCUUAACUCUGAGGAGUCAGUCUGGAUUUGGUAUCCUUUCUUUUUUAAAUAAAAAAAUUUAGCUAAAACAUAGA